AUGACAUUUUUACCUCAUAGCGGACUUCAUAAUCAAAGAAUAGGAUUUGAAAAUGCUAUAUUUAUGGCUUGGUUUCUUAAUAGGACAUUAGUCAUGCCACCUGCUCUACUUGGAGCUAGAUUUCAAUAUAUUAGAAUAAAACAGAAAAUAAAAUACCUAAAAGCUGAACCUGUCGAUUCAAUCUGUGAAAAUAUAGAGUAUAGAUCCGAAAAUCAAAAAUGCAAAAUGUUUCAUAAUUCAUACACACUUUAUCCAUUCGACCAACUAUUCAACUUUACAUUCGCCAGACAACACGUCAAGAUUAUGAAUGUACCAGAUUACAAUGACAAUACGGUUUUUAAAAUGUUAAAUAUCACCAAGAGAAAAGAAGUUUACUAUUCAUUAACCUGUAAACUAAAUAAUAAAUUAUACGACACAGAAGCAAAAUCAAACAUUAAAAAACUCAAGGGUAACACUUUUAUAAAGCUUCAAUCAUUACAAGAACUCAGGGAAUAUCCUGAAAAGCUUUUAUACUUUGGCAGUUUAUUCGGCUCGAGUAGAAUUAUUACGAAUUUGCAAUCAUCAAAAUAUUUCCUUACAACAUUAAGGCAAUCACUUGUACCGAUCGAUCCAAUAAUGUUAAGUGUAGUGGGUAGUAUAGCUGAAAAAUUGGGCGGUGCUGGUGAAUAUAUUUCAGCUCAUGCUAGAGGCGGCGAUCACACUUUUAAAGAGACAAGAGAGGAACAUUUUGCCACGUUGGUAAAAAACAUUGAUGAAAAUUUUCCAGAAGCCUCAAAAUACUCGACAUCUUUGAAAACAUGUCCACUUAGUUUUACAAAACCUGGAAACAAUAAAAAUAGAAUAAUAUAUGUGGCUAGCGAUCUUGAUAAAAACAAUGAAUCAAUGAAAAUAUUCCUGAAAGAAUUUCCUUGUCUAAAAAUGCUUUCUGAUUUCACCGAUCAACUUGAACCCUACCAACAUUUUAUAAACCCUGUAGAUAAUAAAGUAAUGCGUAAUUAUUUAAUGCCUUUAACUGAUCUUAUGGUGGCUGCUAAUAGCCUCAAAGUAUUUGCAGUUAAGGGCAGUACCUAUGGGGUUUAUAUGGAAAGAUAUAAUUCUAUUUUAUCUAUGAAUUUUUAA